AUGCAGCGUACACCUCCAUCUACAGAAACUAUGAAAUAUGCAUCAAACCCAGAUAUACACAGCUCUGCGGAUACCGGUGAGACUGAUUGUUUUGUACACCUUCGAAAACGUAAACAACCUGAAUCCGAAAUUGUGCAGAUUGUUGAACAGAAAUUGAAUGAGCAGCUUGACGUGUUUAAGAAUCAGCUGGAGAUAACUAUCUCGAACACAAUAAAAAAUGCUGUUAGUACGGCGCUUGAUUCCGAAAUGAAAAAGUUAAACUCAUCUAUUAUAGACUCGCUUAAAACUAUCAAUGUCCGAUUGGAUGAAAUAGAAAAAAGUCUCAGUUACUCCGGCGAAAGACAAGAUAGUUUCGAUUGCCGUUUGAAAACAGUUGAAGAGAAAUCACUAUCUAACAGCUCCCUUACCUACCAGAUUGCUGCGUUAGAUAAUAAAAUUGAAGUAAUGGAACAACAAGCGAGACAAUAUAACAUUGAGAUCGCAAACCUACCUGAGCGCCGCGACGAAAAUCUCAUAAAUGUGAUGGAGAAAAUUGGUACCAGGUAUUUAGAAGGGACCGAGACCGGUCGGCCUGUGGGCGGCGGGAUGGCGGCGGCGUACUGGUGGCGGUGUCGCGCGCGCUCUGCGCGGGAGCGCGCGAGCUGCCUGCCGCCCGCGCCGCCGCGCCCCUCCCGCCUCUCAUAG